AUGGCGCCCGCAGCCUCCAAGCCCGUGAUCCCCCAGAACGACAAUGUCGCCCACGCCCUCGCCGGCGCGGGAGGCGGCGUCCUGUCCAUGAUCCUCACCUACCCCCUGAUUACCCUCUCGACGCGAGCCCAAGUCGAGUCCACCCGGGCCGAGACGGCCUUCCUGACGGCCGUGAAGCGCAUCAUCGCGCGCGAGGGCAUCUCGGGCCUGUACGCGGGGCUGGACAGCGCCGUCUUCGGCAUCAGCGUGACCAACUUCGUCUACUACUACUGGUACGAGUGGACCCGGGCCUUCUUCGAGACGGCGGCGCGCAAGGCCGGGCGCGCGUCGGUCAAGCUGACGACGGUCGAGUCCAUGAUCGCGGGCGCGCUGGCCGGGUCCGCCACCGUCAUCAUCACGAACCCGAUCUGGGUGGUCAACACACGCAUGACGACACGGCAGCAGAACCUGGAGGAGGAGAAGGGCGCGGGCGAGCCGGGCGCCGACAAGAAACGCAAGCCCACGACGAUCGGCACGCUGCUGGCCCUGCUGCGCGACGAGGGCCCGCAGGCCCUGUUCCGCGGCGUCGUGCCCGCCCUCGUCCUCGUCAUCAACCCCAUCCUGCAGUACACGCUGUUCGAGCAGAUGAAGAACGCCUACGAGCGCAGCCGCAAGCGCAACAUCACCCCCGGCGUCGCCUUCAUGCUCGGCGCCCUCGGCAAGCUGUUCGCCACCAGCAUCACCUACCCCUACAUCACCGUCAAGAGCCAGAUGCACGUCGCCGGCAACGGGCAGCGCGAGGGCAUGAGCCAGGCCAUCAGCCGCGUCAUCCGGGAGGAGGGAUACAAGGGACUGUACAAGGGUAUUGCACCCAAGGUCACUCAGAGCGUGCUGACUGCCGCUUUCCUCUUCGCAUUCAAGGACGUCUUGUACGAGCAGACCGUCCGAUUAAGAAGCACAGUUGCCAAGAAAUAA